GCGCGUGAGGAGAUUACAGGAGUUUCGGCAAGCCUGUGUUGACUGGCUUGAGAAGGAGGCUACUGCACGCCGUGAAGAGCAAGAUCACCUUGAGAUGGAGCGUUUAGAUGACAUCAGUGCAAGACUGCUUGCGCUCGGCUGGGCGCCGGAGCUUGCAUUUCUCGAAAGGACAUACAGCGAAAGGAGAUACGACGAGCUCUUUUCAAAUCAUAGGUUCGUCUGCAUGACAACAAAGCUCACCGAACACGGCUGGCGGAGAAUCAAGGGCGAGAUGACCAGGCUUAUGCAAGGCGUACGAAAGCAGCGUCUGGAUGACGAAGCCCAUACCGUUUCGUAUAAACGCGGGAUGUCCUUCGAGAGCGCAGGGAAGGAGCUUGUCGAAGAAUACCUCGACGAACAUGAGGAGAUGAAGAUUUUUGGUCUGAACAUUGCAGACCUGAUGCACACACCGGAGGUUCAGCAUCUCCUGUGUGCACCUAAGGAUACGCACGUGGACGAGCAGAGCUUUCUGGCCCUGCAAGCACAGAUGGAGACGACGAUGGAAGGGUGGAAGUCACGCGCGUGCAACACCCUCCGCCAGCUAAUACGACGUACCAAACGGGCCCCGAAAGCUUCGAACGUGGACAUGUUGGAGCUCGCGACAACAGUGUUCAGAUGCAACUGUUGCUCCCCGGGUUAUCUUUUUUACCCAAAUGUCCUUGGACACAAGUGCUUGCGCCCCGGUCCCGAUCCUCUAUUCACUUUCCUACACGGUCAUCGUUACGGUCUCUUCGAUAACAUGCUUUUCCUAGGAAUGUUUGAAGCUCGGAAUCUCAGAUUCGAGGCCGCUUUACCGAGGACUGCUCGUCAAAUCAUUCAAGUCUGCAACAAAGAUCCAGAUACGGUCACAGCGAGGGAAAUGGACUCGUUAGACAUCAGGCUUGUACGAGAUGACGUGACCAUAAUGACCUGGCGUGCUGCAGUGAGUUAGAUCAACUUCUCUGAAUAUGCUCCUACUAUACUACGACUUAAAAUUCCCCCAGAUAGUGGACAGCUGCAAGUCCAAAGACAACGCUUUGGCGUGGC